GUCACUUCCGGCCGGUAUUGUUGUGCUCUUCUGUUUUGAAGCGCAGGUGCCGGUUCGCCUCAUGGAAGUGGUUUCUUGGGCGUUAUUGUCUUAACCGGAGGUGCUGUUGCCUCUCAUGGCAGAAGAAGCUCCCUCCAAGGGCAUGACGCUGUCUCUGAUCAUUAAAUGGAGCGGCCAGGAGUUCCCCCUGUCAGCCCUGACCGAGGAGGACACAGUAAUGGACCUCAAGCACUCACUGAAGACCCUGACUGGGGUCCUCCCCGAGCGCCAGAAACUGCUGGGCCUCAAAUAUAAGGGUAAACCAGCCGACAACAACAUGAAGCUGGGAGUUCUGAAACUCAAGCCGAAUACCAAAAUCAUGAUGAUGGGCACACGAGAAGAGAGUUUGGAAGAUGUGCUGGGACCUCCGCCUGAUAAUGAUGAAGUUGUGAAUGACUUCGAUAUCGAAGACGAAGUUGUAGAGGUGGAAAACCGGGAAGAAAAUUUGGCCAAAAUAUCCCGGCGCGUGAAGGACUACAAAGUAGAAGUUUUAAAUCCCCCAAGGGAAGGGAAGAAGCUUCUGGUUCUGGAUGUGGAUUAUACACUCUUUGACCACCGGUCCUGUGCUGAGAGCGGGUUAGAGUUAAUGAGGCCGUAUCUCCACGAAUUCCUUACCUCUGCGUAUGACGACUAUGAUAUUGUAAUAUGGUCGGCUACCAGUAUGAAAUGGAUUGAAGCCAAGAUGAAAGAGUUGGGCGUCAGCACGAAUGCCAAUUACAAGAUAACUUUUAUGUUGGAUAGCGCAGCCAUGAUUACUGUGCACACACCUAGAAGAGGCCUAAUCGAUGUAAAGCCCCUCGGAGUGAUAUGGGGAAAAUAUUCUGAGUUUUACAGCAAAAAAAAUACCAUAAUGUUUGAUGAUAUUGGCCGAAACUUCUUAAUGAAUCCUCAAAAUGGUCUUAAGAUUAGACCCUUCAUGAAAGCUCAUCUCAACCGGGACAAAGAUAAAGAACUCUUAAAACUAUCUCAGUACCUUAAAGAAAUCGCAAAAUUAGAGGACCUCUCAGAUCUGAAUCAUAAACAUUGGGAAAGAUAUCUUGCAAAGAAGCAAGGUCAAUGAUGAAGCGGUGGUCUCGGUAAAUGGACAAGCUUUGUUUUAUGUCGUUUCUUUCUUUUUUUUGGACCCUACAAGGAAGCUUUUGGAACAGGAUCAAUUUUUGGAACAUGAUGAAAUGUGGAGUUUCCUUCCAAAGUGUUUGGGCCGCUUUGCACACCUUUCACCAACAACAAAAAUACUGGCUUUAAAGCAACAUGCGCCAAAAAAAAAAUGUAUGACCAAAUCUCAACACUGGUAAUGAUAAAUAUAUAUUUUUUAUUUAUGUUUUUUGUGCAUACUGAGAACUCGGUAAGAUUACAUUGCGUGCCUAGCCAACCUCUCCCAGAUGUUUUUCUUUUCCUAUGAGACUUUAGCUAUGCAAGUUUUCUUUAAUGUAGUUUACCAGAAACAAAGUGUCAAUAAACUGAAAGUCGUCAUGGCCUUAAAUUGUUA